AUGCUGUUCAAGCUCACAUCAAUUGCGCUGAUCUUCUAUGUUUUAUCAUCCGUCGACGCUUUCGGCCUCUACGGCGGUUACGAACGCAUGUUCUACUAUUAUGCUCAUCUGGCCGAUGCGAAGGUCCACGGUGGAAAAGCCCAGAUGAUCGCAGCUGGAUGCAGAAAGAGCGGCAUUUGCGAUUUUAAUGGGUUUAUCCAGUUUGUCAAUGAGCUGGAAAGGAGUCCCGGGCUCAAGAAAGCACCCGAUCGCAAUAUCCACGAGGCAGCCCAAGAUCUCAAUGAGCGGCACCUAACCGGAGAAUACAACAUCAAAAGAGUAUAUAGUGAGGCUGAUGAUUUUGCUAGGCUAUUUGAGGAGGUAAGGAGAAGGUCUUUGUCAAUAUUUACGAGGGAUGCCAUCUAA